AUGGCAAUUCAAACCCGUUCAGCUGUUAAGAGGCUCAAGGUAGACACCGAUGAAUGCAUCGCGGUUACGAGCCCGCUCCAGAAUCCGGCGAUUACUCCAAAUCCUGUGCUGAAGACAAUUGUAGCUUCAAUUGAGGUUGAAUCUGGGACGAGAGUGAAAAGGAAACGCGGGCAUGCCGCAUCGACGCAGCCCCUCAAAGGUGGUCGAGAUGCCUUACUCCAUGGCAUUGGUGCUUUGCCAACUCCUAAAACAACUCCAGAGUCGCCGGAUUCGUUGACCGGUUCUUCCGAUGCGCCGAUGUACCGUACGCGAAGUGUGACCAAACGCCAGAGUCAAACUCUGUUCGAGAUUACGAAGUCUCGGAUUGAGGAUGUGAAGAUCCAGAAGGCACCGAUUGGUACAGGACCCUUACAAGUGACCACGCCUGUUAAUACGUCAGUACACCGUACCCGGAGUGUGGUCAAGUGCGAGUCCACUAUUUAUGUUGGAUUUAGAACCGACAUGCCUCAGACGGAGAAUACAGAUACAACGGAGGUCGUUGAGACCAUAACGGAUGCCGCUUCGGAGAAUGCCUUUGAGGUAAUUGCCUCCGAUAACGAUAGAGACGAGGGCCGCACUACACGGGCUCGACGGGUCACCAGGACGUCUUCUAAGAAGCCAGAUGUUAAGACCGACGAAAACCCCCAAAGCGGAAAUGGACAGCUCAUUGUCAAGACAACCAAGAAGACAAACAACAUGAAGAUCACUGCCGCAAAAACACCCACCGUUGACCGUGACAGUCCAGAUUACAGAAUGCCUGUGAAAAGGGGGCUAGACAAUCCCAUGGGGCUCACGCCAGGGUUCUCACCCUAUCCCAACCGCCAUGUCCCCACCGCCAAAGCAUGCGAAAAGGUUCACCGUAUUCUGUCAGUCCUGCAUGGAAAGGUCGAGCAACCCAAGAAGACGCCCAAAGCUUCUUUGGAGAAGGCCGGUUGUGGCGAGGUACCUUGCGUCCUGGACGCCCUCCUUCGGACUUUGAUUAGCGGCAACACCCUAAUGGCCAUGGCGGACCAAGCGAUCCGGAACGUGGCUCAGGAAUACGGUAUACGAGAACACGGCUCAGGCGCCGGAAGCAUCAACUGGGAAAAGGUCGCCACCGAACCACAGGAAAAGCUGGCCCAGGCCAUCAAGGUUUCGGGCAACGGAAACCAGAAAGCCAAGAACAUCAAGCUGAUCCUCGACAUGGUCGCACUGGAGAUGGCGCAGAUGGCAAGAGAGAAGAGCGUCAAUAACGGCGGCGGCGAACAAGAAGUCGCCUUCCCAGAAACUCUGAACCUCGACCACAUGCACACCCUCACCAAAGACGAGGCCAUGACCAAGCUUGUGCGGUACCCCGGUAUUGGCAUCAAGUCUGCCGCCUGCGUUACCCUGUUUUGUCUGCGCAAGCCAUGCUUCGGGGUUGACACGCAUGUCCACCGGUUCUGCCGCUGGCUUGGCUGGGUGCCGGAGAAGGCAAAUCCGGAGGACUGCUUCAGACACUGCGAUGUUAAGGUACCGGAUCACCUCAAGUAUCGCUUACAUCAGCUAUUUAUACGCCAUGGACAACAGUGCUUCAGAUGUAGAAAGCAGACGAAGCCGGGAACGAGGGAGUGGAAGGAGUCACCUCGGUGUCCGUUGGAACAUCUGCUGGAUCGGGGGAAGUGA